UAUUUCUUGCAGAUUUGUGACAUUAAAAACCACAGAUAUAUACAACACUACUACUAAACCAGAUCAAAUAUGAAUUGGAAUGGAAAACCAGAGAAUGCUGCCCAAACCCCACCAUAUCCUAAAGGCCAGUCAUCUCUUUUACAGCAGUUUUUAAUGCCUUCCACAAGUUCUCAAAGUUCUUUCAGCUGUCUCCCACAUAACCAGGAAGCAUGCCUGUAUCCCACUAAUUCAAAUUCAGUUUCACAGCCACUUGUGAAUGUCAGGAGUUAUAUAACUCCUCAGAUCUCUGUUUCUAAUAUGCAUAAUAGGACAGUUGUGGCCUCACAGACUUCAGUAGAAAGAGUCACAUAUACAAAUGUUAAAGGAGCCCAACAACCAAGCUACAGUUUGCAAACAGUGUCUUCAGGAGUUAUGCAAAAUGCCUGGAUGAAUUCAACAAUGAGGAAUUUUAUGCCUUCUCAUACAGAGGCAACUGUAUCUCAUAAACCUGAUGGAGGUACUAAUAUGCCUUAUAUACAUGUACCACAGAGUCAGCUUAUCACAUCAGAUACCUAUUCUGUGCAACUACAAGCGACUCCUUCAAAUUCUGUAAGAGUUCCUGUAACUUACCAAGGAAAUCAGGGACUUAACCACUCAAUACCAGAUGAGCUUGUUGGCUGGACACAAUGCUCAUCCAAUGCUACUUAUCCAGAUUACAGGCCACCUCCAAAGCAAUAUCCUUAUUUACCACAAAGCUUUGUGCAAGACACUUCAGUUCAGAAACAAAACUUUGUAUCAUCUACAUCAUUACAAGUUAAAAAUCAUCAGCUUCCACCUUCUACACAGACCUUACCAUCAAAGCAUCCUGUACCUGUGUCGUCAUAUCAGUGUGCUGCAGAAACCAACAAAAGACUCCUGCCUCUCCUUACAGCUGUAGUAUGGAAGCCAAAAUGUGCAAAUUCUCAGUCUGUUUCUAGACACUUGCCUGUGGAAGUUCCUCAGAGUACAGAAAUGCACUCAUCUGAGAAAAAGAAAGAUGCUUACAAAGUGUUUGAACAGCAGUGGCAGAACACUAGUAGAAAUUUCAAUACAAUUGGAAAAUUCUGUGAGUUGAAAAUAAAUACAAAACAGUCUUACAAUGACUCUGCUGGCUCUUCUGGGGAUGGUGUUCAGACUCUUGUUCAAAAUAAUCAAGAAGAAAGAAAGUAUUCCUGCAAUCCAAGUACAAAUCAAAUAAUAGACACAAAUGACAAAGAAAAGCUGGUGAAGGAUAUUAAAUCACUAGUAGAAAAAAAGAAGUUUUCAGAACUUGCAAGAAAAAUUAAAAUCAAUAAAGAUAUUUUGAUGGCAAAUGGUUGCAGUAAAACAGCUAAUACUUAUACUGAACCAACGCGGCAUUCUGAAUCAGCAAAAGAAAUGUCUGCUAAAAGGGACAGUAGGUGUUCCAUGGAAUUGCUAGCAACAUGUCUUUCUCUUUGGAAAAACCAACCAAAAACCACAGAAGAAAAUGUUCCAAAGCCUUUAGAAGAAAAACAAUAUAGUGUAUCGAGAACCAGUACAACAGCAAUUGGAUGUUCAAAUCCCACGAAUGAAGUUCACGUGAAAUUUUGUUCGGGUGUUAGAAAUCCUCAGAAAAUGACCACGUCAUCACAAACAGUCCUGUCAGUUCUCACACCGAUUCACUAGUCUUCAGAUGUAGCUGUUGGAAAAGGAACAGAGCUUCAGAUUGCUGUGGUUUCACCUUUAAUUCUUUCAGAUAUCAAUACCAUACCUGGGAAAGAGGUGGCACCUGAAGUUGUACCUGAAACUGUGUACCCAGUUGUUAAGGAAGGCAGUGUUUGUAGCUUACAAAACCAGCAGGAAGAAAAUUCAACAGUAACUGCUGCUUUGCCCUAUGAUAGUCGGGAGCAGUAGCAAAGUAAUCCUGAAUCCACUGAGCUGUCCCUGCCUGUGCAUGAGGUAAAGCAGCACAAACCAACACAGAGUGAUCUAGCUGUAGUUGAUAGUGGCCUAGGGAAACACUCUCCCCUGGGCGCUGACGCUUUGCCUAACCCUAAGGACAGCAACACUGUGAGUGGGCCUAUGUUACAGAUUGAAAGUAUCUGUUCUCUUGCAGAAGGAGAUGCAUCUUACAAUUCCCAGAUAGCAGAGAUAUUCAACUCUGUACAAAAUGAGCACCUGAAACUUUCACCUAAUCAGCAGGCAAUUAAUAGUCAACAAGAAGAACAAGUAGAUGACAUUGCUGAAAAUAAAGACUGUAGUUAGGAAGAUAAAUGUAUGCCAUGUACAGAUGUUCCUCAUGAAGUCACUGAGCACCCAGAGCCACUACAGCCUUCAGAGGCAGCAUCUAGUGAGUAUGUUAAAGCAAACAAGAAACCCUAGAGGAAGCAGUAAAAAGGAAAAUACUGGUGAAAAAAGACAACUAAGAACAUGUGUUCACCUGCUGUUGUUCAGCAAGAUCCUCAACCUCAGGAAACUGGUAUGGCCAUCAGUAAGUCCAGAGACAGUCUUCCUGUAGUAAAUGAGAUUAAUGAUGAAAGUGAACCUGUCUCAUGCCUACAUGACCAGCUGUCAGAACUUCUAAAAGAGUUCCCUUAUGGCAUUGAGACUAUUGCCAGGCCUGAAGUUUAUGUGAGACAACAAAAGACACAUGAAAUAGAAAAUCAAACUGGUAGUAAAACUGGUAAUGUAUCUGGGGAAAACGCAGACCAAAUAAAAAUUACAGUAUUAAACUCAGAACAAAUCAAAGAAUUAUUUCCCAAGAGGAUCGAAGCAAGUGACUUAGACAGAUUGGCAGAACUCAAGAACACAAAAGACAGUGCAGAAAUAAAGGCCUGUGUGGUUCACAGGUCCCCAGAGAAGAAAAGUCACAACCCUGGAAUGUUGGAUCUAGAGAAAGACAAAAUCCAUUGCUGUGCCUUGGGCUCCUCAAUGGUUUAUGAAGGUGUGCCACAGUGUCAGUGCAGCACCACGGCAGAAAAAAUGUGUUCUUUGGAGGUCACCAAUUGCAAACAAGGAGAGCAGGCCUGUAACAGUGGGAUCACUAUUUUUAAAAAUUAAUCCUAUUUCUGGUAACCAAAAAGUCCUCUGACCCAAGCUGAGGAAGGCCAUUUUUCUGAUAAACAUGGAAAGAUAAAAACAUCUGAAACAAAAGACAGCUCAUAAAGGGUGGAACAGGAAUUAACUGGUAAUUUUUCAAUGAGAUGUCACCAGAAAGAUAAAUAAAUCGAAAGCAGGAAACAGAAUAGCUCACUGAAAAUAGAGCAAAAAGCAAGUCUUUCUUCUAAGUGUGACAAACCAGAUCCCUUAAAAAGUAAUAAAAAACCAACCCUGGAAGCAUUUCAUGUGGUAACUUCCAACUCUGAUAAAAAUAUGCCAGCAUUUUCCAAACAAGAUUCUCAGAAGAGCCUUCAGAAGAAACACACAUUUCAAGACUCAGAUCCGGUAAAAGCACAUGCAGGACUUCUGCCAAAUAAAGAUCCAUGCAGGAGGAAAAAAAAUUUGGUACAGUCAGUGUCCAAGAAAAUAUUUAAGUUCAAAGCAGGUAGCUCCAAACUGAAAUAUUGAAAAAGGAAAACUGACCAUGUGCUUAUCUCAGAUGUGGAAAUAAAAAAGAAGAAAUAUAGAAAAAAAGAGCAGAACAAAAAUGCUGGAGGCACACUAAGAGUGUACAGCACUCUGACAGAACCAAAUGAAAGAGCCUGUGCUAAAGAAAAGGUGACAAAUUCUGAGCCCUCAGACUCAAAGGGAAGCUCCUCUAAGAGUAAUAGAGUUAUAACUGUGCAGGAAUAUUUACAGCGGCAAAAAGACAGGCUUGUACAUGGGGACGCUACCUCCAAAAACAUAGGUGUAGAAAAUGUGCCUUGUGACUCAGAACACAUGAUCAGUAAGAAUUCUGUAUCACAGAGUGUCAGUGCAGAGACUAAAAAAGAAACAGAACAUAAUUCCACCAGCCAUGCAAAUCUCAAGACCCAUCAUUCUGAGGAGGCUAAGACAUACAGUAUCAGCCGGACAUAGCCUGUAUUGGUGUUAGAAACCAAAUUGGAAAGAUUGACCAGUAUGAGUAAUAAGUCCAGCCAGAUAUCUCCCCAAGUAAAGGAGAAGAGAGGGAAACAGUACAGAUGAGUUGCAUUCAAAUGUACCAGAUUGGGCAUUUGUCUCACCAAAUUGGACAGUGCAUCCAAGAAGCUUAGGAAAAAAGAGAAGAAUAGGGCAUGUACAGUGACAAACGAUAAUUUAGACAAGCCCAUGUUGGGUUGGUUAUGUCCAGAUGUGUUACUGAAGAAUACAUGCUCCAUUGGCAAACAGGAUGAUCCAAGGCCUGGUCCUGAGGAAAGACAAGCAUCUGUGCGAGUUUCAGGAAUAAAAAACAAAGAAGAUUGGUUAAAAUGUAUCCCUACAAGGACAAAGAUGACGAAUCAAGUUUAUGUGCUGCUAAGGAGCAGAAUCCAGGGCUCUGCACAUGUGGAAGACUUGCUAAGGAAAAGCUUCAGUGCAGAUGAAUUUGAAAUGCUACAAAAAUCAAUUAAAGACUCAAAUGUCAUAUUCAGGACCUAUAAAAAUGUACCUAGAAAGAGAAGCAAAAGCCUUGGGAGCAGUCCAGUGAAGUAA